AUGCGAAGUGCGGCGCUCGGUUUUUGGUGGCUCUUGGCCGCGGUGGAAGGCCAAGCUCCCAUCGGAAGGCAUGAGCUCUUGGAAUAUGAUGUGCAUAUGGAGACUGAGCCCAUGCGUCGUUACUCCAAGGUUCUGGAUGAUUUUCUUCCAAAACGCGAGGGCCGUGUCCUACAAGCAUUUCAAGAAACCUACAAAGAAUGGAAAACUGUGCUGGAGGUGAUUCUACCCAGCCUUUGGAAUGGCACUGAGAUGCUGCAAAAUCAACAGCGGUUGUGGCAGGCCUUUGAGGCACACCCGGAGGCCCGUGCAGAGUUGCAGGGCCUUUCAGCUGCUUUGGCUCGGCAGGAGAGACACUUCACUCCUCAAGCACUGGCUAUGGUGAUUUCCAUGUAUCCCUUGUUGAACAUUGCUCCCAAGGCCACCACUGAUGCAGGACCGUCGGGCCCUUCAGCGUGUACAAGUUCUCUCCUCCUCUCUGGUGGGGUCUUGCAUGGACGAUCUCUGGAUUACGAGCCCAGAGAUCCUAUGGCUGAGACCACAGUUGUCAUUCGACACAGGUUGAAAGACAAAGUGCAGUAUACUUGCUUGCAGCCGCUCGUAUACACUACGGCUCUCCAAUGGUUUACGUGUGUGCGGCCUAAAGCCUUCUCUUUGUCAGUCAAUGCCAGAGCUCGCGGAAUCCACAUGGAGAGCAAUACAUCCUUCGAUGAAUUUCUGCGUCGUGUUGGCUCUGGAGCAUACUUUCUAGGUGAAAUUGCAGAGAAAGCUAUGGCAGCAACUAGCUACGAAGAAGCACUGGCUCUUCUGGUCUCCUUGCCAGUUGUCUCAUCCAACUAUUUUAUUCUCGCUGGAACUCAUGGUCAAGGAGCUAUCAUCACCCGCUUCGGAAAUUCCUCUGCAGCUGACGUGUGGAGCUUGAAGUCUUCAACUUCGACAUCAGAUGGGCAACCGCCAUGGCUCAGAGUGCAGACCAACGUGGACCACUGGGUCCCUUUUGGCGAGACCUAUGCCACCCACCGGCGGCAGCACUUGGUAGAGAUGUUGACAGCAGAGAAGAGAAGAGCACCUGCAAGCAGAGAAGACUUCAUGAAAGCAUACUUUGUGUCCAACGCGAUGAAGGGAUCAGAGAAUCGCACUUCUCCAGAAGAUACUGGGGCCAUCUUAAGGCCGACCACGAUCGCUACAGUCUUCUUGGAUCCCAGUGAAGAAGAACCGAACAUAAGCCGAUGGUUUCUGUGGAAUGCUACUCCGAAGGUGUUGCCUCCGCAGUCGCCCAAUUCAGUCGGAUUGCUCGUUUAG